AAACAUGGCAUAUAUGUUGGGAGAUCGUACAUGUAUGGAAAGCCUGAGGAAGGACAUUACUGAUCUUCAGGGUACCGUGAUUGAUGUCUUCUCAAGAGUGGGUGCUGUUCGGGUCCCCUCUUGGAAAUUCCCAAAUAAAAUGUCCUGUGAUCUCGAUCUGGUACAGUUGCUGGAUAGAUAUGACUAUGUGGAGAAUGAUCCAGAGAUCACACAGGUUUCACAUAUGGUGUUACUGGAGCUUGUAAUUGACAGGCUGCUUCUCCUGCUUCAGAGUUUUGACAUUUACACAGAGGUAAUAAACAAUGAAGGUCGGUUCACUCCAGCCCUUAGUCCUGGACCCUCCAUGUCCAUUGGGCUGACAGUUCGGAAAUAUUGGCGCAGCAUGGUGAAGCUAGGAACUGUAUUCCAAAAACCACAAAGUGGAAAGAGAGUCUCCAUACAGGACAAUGUUAUUAUGACAAAUAAAAAUGAAACUUCCAAAGAUCCUUCCCAUUUGUCUUCAUCAAGGCUUCAGACAGCCCCCUCACAUCUUCAGAGCCAUGGAAUUAGCAGCACUCCAAGAGAAUCUAAGCCUGAAACUGUAAAGGACACACGAAAUGUAGGCUCACAGACAUUAGAGUCUGCUCUCGUACCCUGUGAUGCAUGUGCUAUUGCCCAGAGUAGCUUGAAAGAAGUCACUGAUGCCAUUGUUAGUGUAUGUAAAAGUCAGAAUUUGCCCACGUCUCUUACAAAAAUCCAAGAGGUUUUACCACCUGGAGGUAUCCUGUCUCCCAAUGAAAUGAGAUACUGGGCCAGUGAAGAGAGCAAGGACCUGGCUCGUAUAGCCAAACAUCUAUCAGAGCUCACCCAGCUGAUACAACCUCUGAGAAAUCAGCUUGAAGCUACUAAAGUCGAGAAUGAGAGGCUUCAAGAAAAUAUGGAAAGUUGGGAGAAUCAGCUUCAGGCACAGAGGGAAGAGAUGCAGAGACAAGCAAAGGACAAUGAAAGGAAGUUACAAGAAAAGGGGCAACAAAGUCAGGAAGUGAUGGACAGGCUGGAGAGGGACAAGGAAGAACUCAGAAAAGGCUCAGUGGUCCUAGAAGAAAGAGUUUCCAUUCUGAAAGAGGAGUUAACAAUGCAACAUUGUACCAUCCGAGAUCUAGAGCUAGCCAGACAAAGACUAAUAACCGAGAUGCAAAAUAUGGUUCGCAAGGAAGAGGUCUCUGCUCUGGAAAAGAAAAUGAAUGAUUUGAAAGUCCACCUAGAUAGCACCCAGCAGAAAGUGCAUGAAUCAGAAGAGGCAGUAUCUAAAGAACGGGCACGUGGAGAGAACCUUCAGAUCCAAAAAGAGUCCCUGCAGGCAAAGCAGAAAUCCUUGUUGCAGCAGUUGGAUCGUUUAUCACAAGAGUGUGAAGACCUGCAAGGUAGUCUGGGUGAUGCAGAAGAAGAAAAGGCAAACCUGGAAGAGCAGAUAGAACAAAUAAAAAAAGAGGAGGAAAACCUUAAGAGACAACUGAAUGGUCAACAGGAGAUGGUGAGGAUACUGCAGCAGGAGAAGGUGGCACUUGAGAAGUCUGUGUCAGAGGUGACCAGGCAGCUUACAGAACUACAAGGAUGUCUGCAGGAGCAGAAGGAAAGAGAGAAACUCUUAAUAUCAUAUCCAGACUUACAUCCGCUACCUGAAUUUGAGAGUAAGUGUUCCGGUGAUAUCACUGAAGACAUGGAAAAACAGCUCCAGGCAAACAGCAUCCGCAUCAGCAUUUUAGAGGAGGAGAACACCAAAUUGAGGGUCAGCCUGCACAAACUGGAAGAGAAGAGCAAACAAGGGCCACUUCAGAUUGUUCCUCAGACCCGGUUGUGGACCCUUGCACCCAAUAGAGAGCAAAUGUCUCCAGAAUCUCAACUCACACAUACCAAUAGCAGAAGCAGCAUGACAAAGAAUCCCACUCCAAGACUAAAUUCAAUCACCAUCACUAAGGAUUCAGAGAGCUCCUCAGCUCUCGGCCAGCCAGAAAGAAAAAGUUCACGACCAGCUGUAAAUCUUCUGAUGUUUCCACCUGAGAACUCCUCAAUUGCUGCUUAUGCACGUGUCAAGCAAGUAAAGGGUAGAAAUCGAACCCCCAGUUCAGAUCGCAAGUAG